AUGAACAACAAAGGUUCAUAUCCACAGCAGACUGUGUACCCUCAGCAGAGCUCUGCUCCUGCUUACCCUCCGGCUAUGCAAAUGUCUCCUCAGGCCCCUCCUUACACAGAUGCUCCACCUGCAUAUUCAGACAUAUACCAGCCCAGGUAUGUGCUUCCCCCUCAGGUGCCUGGACAGGCCAUGUCCUCCCCGUAUGCUGGAGCUCAGAUGUUCAUGCCACUGCAGCAGCCCAUGUCCAUGGGCCAUGUGGGGCAGAAUGUGCCUAUGGCAUAUUACCCCAUAGGAGCCAUGUAUCCCCAUGGAUCCACUGUUAUGGUGGAGGGCGGCUAUGAUGCAGGAGCUCGCUUUGGUGCUGGUGCCAGCUCUACUAUCCCUCCUCCCCCUCCUGGACACCCCCCCAAUGCAGCACAGCUGGCUGCGAUGCAGGGGGCAAACGUGGUCAUGGGGCAGCGCAAGAGUAACUUCUUCUUGGGUGGAUCCAGUGGAGGAUAUACCAUCUGGGCGACUGUUUUUGUGCUGCUAAACCUUAAAGCAACAAGUUUCCAUAAUGUGUCAUUUAGGUAA